ACCAAAAUAAUUGUGUCUUUGGUGCAGUUAUGUAGGAAGUCACUAUGGUUAACUAAUUCUGACAAAACUGGUAAAUAGGUGUCUAACGUGCUACCUAUAUUCAGCAUUAAUUAAUUAAGAUAGCUUGGGAAAAGCGAGCCGUUGCAUUAGCUCUUUUGUCUGAGCUCCAGGUGUGUGUUAGAGGUGAGAAUGAGUGCCGGGCGGACUCUGGAGGGCGCAGGGUGUGUCACCUGGUGGGGCUUCGGACCAGCAAGAGAUCUGCUGGAGACGGGCGUGCCGAGGCCACAAGGGGAGCUGAAUGUGUUGCUUGUGGGCAGCAGCGACCCGAGACAUAUCCUAAAGACCAUCUCAGGUCUCAAAAACACCGACUCCCUCCACCUUUGGGUGAUGGAGAACAGUAUGGAAGUGGUUGCGAGACAGCUGCUGCUCCUCUACCUAUCUCUGAGCACUCCGGAGAGCAUAGGCAUGCAGGAGAAAACGGAGGUCUUCCUCGAGCUGUUCGGGAACAGCGAGAUCCGCUCUCAAACUGACAACACGCUGAAGCACAUUGCAGCUCGACUGUCUCUCUCCAUCACCGACUCACUGGACACAGACACAUACACACACCCCUGCCUGGACACUAGCCUUCUCAAGUUUAAGGAGCGAGACGAACUGGUUCGGAUCUUUAAGCAGUGGCAGCACCCCCCCUCUACACCCAUCAGUAUGUGUAAGGCGUGGGACGCCCGUGUCAGACAGCACCUCGGGACGCGCUACGAUGCCCGCAGGGGCUGCUUUGACUGGGACCUCACCAUGAAACUACACGACAUAGGGUGUGGUGUCAUACACAAACAGCAGUACAGCAGAUGGAGGGAGAGGGGCGUGGCCUUUGAGAUGAGGGAGGGACUUUACUGCGUUGCUAAUCAGAGUCUACUGUCCACACGUGUGUUCAGUCGUAGAGGAGACAGGGUGGGAGUGCGGGGAUACUGGGGAGACAUCGUCUCUAGUCCCUAUCUGUCCUUCGGCGUUGAAACAGAGAACAAAGAGCUCCUGAAGACGCAAAACAACCAGCAUGUAAAGACUGCUCAGGACAUCUCUGUAGCGAACAUGCAGACGCUUUUUAAGUCCCUGUCCACUAGAGGAGGACACACACAUGUCUCUGAGCUCGCCAAGGAAUCAAACAAUGACACAGCAGAAACACGCUCACAGCCAGAUCCCUCAAUUUCAUGUGAUGAAACACGACAGCCAGAAGAGAAGCAGGUGUCUGCUGUUGAUCAGAAGGAAGCGAUCGAGCCUGACAGCGAAGCACAUGCAGAAGAGAAGCAGAACCACAAGAGCCAUCAACUAGAGUUGAUGAAUCUAAACGGAGUAAGAGUGUCGUUCCUGUCCCUGGACUCUCUGCCCAAGCUGUCCAUGAAAAGCAGAUACUGCCGUCUGUUCAAUGCCGUCUACUGUUCAGCCAGCAUGGUGCACCAUUUGGACUCCUCUCUGACGCAGACAGCUGCAUCCGACGCCGUCCUGAUCAUCGAGCUCGCCAAGUACCUGUUGGACUUAUCUAAGGAGCAGCAGGCGGCUUUUGCAACGAGAGUAAGCGAAAUCGCUAAAGAAGUGGGAUUUGUACCAGCUCACACUCAGGACAACGAUGCGUAUGCUGUGUUCACACUGCAAAAAGACCGAUGACACAGAAUACACCCACAGACUACAAAGCACACACUUUUAAACAGUUUAUUACUAUUAGCACACUGCAGGAGGUGUGAACAUGCUGGAAAAAGGGAAUCAGUCACAGAAGUGUUGAGCUGGAUGUAAUAAUAUCACAUUUAUUACCAUAUUUCUUUUUGUAGCAUUACAACACUAGACAACCGAAUGUAAGUAAACAGCUAUAAUUACUUUUAAACGGCAUUUUAAGCAACAAGCUUCAGCACCGUUCAUGCCGUAUAAAUUCCAUGCAUUAAAUACUGUGUUUUUCGUUGCGUCUUCACUUCCAGCGCCCUCCCACUUUGCCCUUGCCUCCCGUCCCCUUCUUACUGCCAACCGGAAAAAAAAAGGAUCCAUAAAUGAACAUCAGUGUAACAAAUUAUUUGUUAAAGAAUAUUAUAAGAAUAUACAGUAUUCAUUUGUGUCUUUUAAUCUAGCGUGCACACACUGAGAAAGAUCGUCUUACAAUUUUUGAGCGUGGAAGAUGCGAUUGAGAAGUACAACUAUCUAGAAAGAGAGCAGAAGGAACAAUGGAUUAGUUGCAAAGUCAACAGAUAUGUAAGGAUUUACGUAAAUGUUAGUUUAAGCUAAAACUUCGUUUAAUUGUUGAAGCCAGAACUACAGUGUUGUUACAGAGAAUUAAUCAACACUUUCUUUACCAAUCAGAUUCAAAUAAAUUGAAUGUCCUAUUUAUUUUAUAUUUAUUGUGUACACAUAUUGUGUACUCGUAUUUUUUUUUUCUUUAAGAGACAAUCUCACCUCGUAUUUCUGUCUCCUCAUCUUCUCAGUGAGGUCAAACUUCUCCGACUCCAGCUGGUAGAUCCAUUCCCACAUCUCUCUAGCCCGCUCUCUACACACACACACACACACAUACACACACACACAUACAGUCUUAUUUAACAUGUUGUAUUUACAGAGUUGACAGCAUUCAGCAGGAUAAUAUUUUCUUCAACUAAUUAUCUGUGUGUGUUUUCAUGUCCAACCUCAGGC